AUGGCUCAAGAGACAAACCAGACUCCAGGGCCCAUGCUGUGUAGUACAGGAUGUGGAUUUUAUGGAAAUCCUAGAACAAAUGGCAUGUGUUCUGUUUGCUACAAAGAACAUCUUCAGCGACAGCAGAAUAGUGAUAGAAUCAGCCCAAUGGGGGCAGCUAGUGGUUCAAACAGUCCUACCUCAGACUCUGCAUCUGUACAGAGAGCAGAUGGUAGCUUAAGCCAGUGUGAAGGUACUGCUAGUAGCACAUCUGGAAAAUCAAGAAAUGUGCUUGUUGCCGCUUUGCCUGUAAUGCAGCAAAUGACAGAAAUGAGCAUUUCAAGAGAGGAGAAAGUAUCACCAAAAACAGAGAUUGAGCCAGUUGUUACUCAACCAAGCCCAUCAGUUUCUCAACCUAGUACUUCACAGAGUGAAGAGAAAGCUUCUGAACUGCCUAAACCAAAGAGGAACAGAUGUUUCACAUGCAGAAAGAAGGUUGGCCUUACGGGGUUUGACUGCCGAUGUGGAAACUUAUUUUGUGGACUUCACCGUUAUUCUGACAAGCAUAACUGUCCAUAUGAUUACAAAACAGAAGCUGCAGCAAAAAUCAGGAAAGAGAAUCCAGUUGUGGUAGCUGAAAAAAUCCAGAGAAUAUAAACUAGCCUACUUGUGAAA